AGAAAUCAAAUGAGAUAGAACUUAAGGUGGCAUGGGAUUGCUACAUGGGUGCAAAUGACCGAUGGAAAGAUAUUGAGGCUCAAAAACAGGCUAAAGUAGAGAUCAAGAGUGGAAUUUUGAAACGUAUAGAAGAGAAGGAAAUUGAGCGUGAUUCAUUUGAGCUUCAAAUUUCUAAUGUUAAUCUUGCUCACAUUGACGAGAGAGAAAAAAACAUGCGUAUUGAGGUCGAGAGAAAGACUAACCAACUGGCUGAAAGAGAAUUCGAAUCUAAUAUACGCCAAAAACAGAGUGAAGUAUAUACCAUAGAGCAAAAAAUUAAAUCUCUUAAUCGCGAGAAAGACAUCAUGGCUGCUGAUUCUGAGGACAGAGUGAAACUCUCUCUAAAGAAAUCAGAGUUGGAGAACCACAAAAAGAAACACAAAAAGAUAAUUGAUGAAUACAAGGAUAGAAUUAGAGGAGUGUUAAAAGGAAGGCUGCCCCCUGACAAGGAUUUGAAAAAAGAAAUUGCUCAAGCCCUAAGGACUCUUGGAACAGAAUUUGAUGACCUGGACUCAAAAUCCCGUGAAGCUGAGAAGGAGGUGAAUAUGUUGCAGAUGAAAAUACAAGAAGUCAAUUAUAACCUUGCCAAACUUAACAAGGAUAUGGACUCAAGAAAGAGAUUUAUUGAAUCAAAACUCCAGUCUUUGGACCAGUCUGCUGGUAUUGACUUAUAUCUUAAAGUCUUGGAUUCGGCCAAAGAGAAAAGAGAUGUUCAGAAAAGCAAAUACAACAUUGCCGAUGGUAUGCGGCAGAUGUUUGAUCCUUUUGAAAGAGUUGCCCGUGCUCAUCAUAUUUGUCCUUGCUGUGAGCGGCCCUUCUCUGCUCAGGAGGAAGAUGAAUUUGUUAAAAAGCAAAGAGUGAAAGCUGCUAGUUCUGCUGAGCAUAUGAAAUUAUUGGCUGUGGAUUCUUCAUCGGCUGAUUCCCACUUCCAGCAAUUAGACAAGCUUCGUAUGGUCUAUGAAGAACAUACAAAAAUUAUCAAGGAAGCAAUUCCUCUUGCGGAGAAAAAUCUGAAUGAGCUCAAGGAGGAAUUGGAUAAAAAAACGCAAGCUCUAGACGAUGUGUUGGGUGUUUUAGCUCAAAUAAAGGCUGAUAAGGACUUGGUUGAGGCCUUGGUACAACCUGUAGAAACUGUGGACAGGCUCUUCCAAGAAAUACAAGCUCUGCAAAAGCAAGUUGAUGAUUUGGAGUAUAAGCUUGAUUUUCGAGGGCAAGGUGUCAAAUCAAUGGAUGAAAUUCAGUUGGAGCUAAAUGCUUUGCAGACCACAAAGGAUAGUUUGCAUAAUGAUCUAGAGAAAUUAAGAGAUGAACAGAGGUACAUGGAAAAUGAUCUGUCAAAUAUUCAGAUAAGGUGGCAUACUCUAAGAGAGGAAAAGGUGAAAGCAGCUAAUACAUUGCGUGAUGUUAAGAAAGCAGAGGAGGAGUUAGAUCGUUUGGCAGAGGAAAAAAGUCAGCUUGAGCUUGAUGAGAAGGUAACUGGUUCUGAGGAAAAUUUUCUGUUGACUUUGUAGUUUGUAGUGACCUGACAAUGUCCAUGUAAAUUUUAUACGUUACAGUCAACUGCACGAGUAAUAUAAUGACUAGUAGUGGAUUCCCUGUAUGUCACCUUGUGUACAGUCUUCUGAUUGAUUACCUAUGCACCCUACGGUUCCUACCCAAAAUAUUUGUAUCUAUAGCAUCAAG